AUGUCAAUUGCUUCUCAAGCCGCAGCCCGAUGCUGCAGACAGGCUGCUCGCCCGUCGUCCUUCUUGCGCAUCUCGACUUCAUCCUCCACAUGCCUUUACAAGCAACAACAGACGACGCCUGCUCGCCGAUGGCAAUCGACUGACGCUGCUGCGACUCCUACGAAUCCCAAGAUUUCACAGAUUGUCGACCAGAUCAGCCAAUUGACCUUGUUGGAGACUGCGGACCUUGUUUCCAGCUUGAAGUCUCGCCUGAACAUUCCCGACCUCCCAGUUGGCGGCUUCGCCGUCCAAGCAGGCCCAGCUGGUGGUGCCGCAGCCGCCGCCGAGGAAGAAGAAGCAGAACCCGCCGCUGCUGAAAAGACCCUUUUCAACCUGAAGCUCGAGGGAUUCGAGGCCGGCUCGAAGCCCAAGAUCAUCAAGGAAAUCAAAUCCAUGCUCGGUCUCUCGUUGGUCGACAGCAAGAAGUUCGUCGAGUCCGUGCCCAAGGUCAUGAAGGAGAACGUGCCCAAGGAGGAAGCCGAGAAGAUUAUUGAGACACUCAAGGGUCUUGGUGCUAAGGCUAUUAUGGAGUAA